AUGCAACGAGAGAAUAGUGAAGACUUAGAAAUUAUUCCUGACAAAGAAAUUGAGAUGCAGCCAUAUAAGACAAAUGAGUAUCAUCCUAUAGAUGAUAGUUGGAAAAUAGAAAAAGAUAAAUUUUCAAAACCAAUGACUAAACAAAAUAAGAAAUUAAAGAAAUUUUAUGAAAAACAAAAUAAAUUUGUUGAUUCUCUCUUUGAAGUACCAGUAGAUGAUAAAGAUGAUAUUACUGAUUGGAGAACAAAAAUAGCAAUUUAUGGAAGUUUCAUUGUUAAUUUGUGUUUAUGUAUUGUCAAAAUUGUUGCUGCUAUUGUUUCAGGGUCAUUAACUGUUAUUGCAAGUGCUUUAGAUUCAUGCCUUGAUAUUGUUUCUGGAGCUGUUAUGUUUAUUACUGCAUUACUUAUGAAAAAACCUAAUCCAAUUAAAUAUCCAAUUGGUAAAAAGAGAAUGGAACCUUUAGGUAUUAUUGUUUUUGCUACAGCGAUGUUUACAGCAACAAUUCAAUUAUUAACAAAUGCAGGUCAAACUUUAUUGUCUGGAAGUUCAGACUUUGAAAUGUCUAUGUUUCCUAUCUGUGUAAUUGGUGCAACAAUAUUCCUCAAAUGUUGUUUAUAUUUAUAUUGUAGAACAGUAAAUAAUCCUGCUGCAGGAGCAUUAGCUGAUGAUCAUAGAAAUGAUAUUUUAACGAAUACAUUUGGUAUGUGUAUGUCAAUCGUUGGAUAUUAUUAUUUUUGGUGGUUAGAUGCUGUUGGUGGAAUUGUAUUAUCAUUUUAUAUUAUGUUAAAUUGGUUUAUGACGUUAUUAGAAUAUCUUUCUAUUAUGUCAGGUAAAGCAGCACCACAAGAAUUUAUUUCUCAAAUCAUUGUUACGUGUUGGAAUCAUGAUCCAAGAAUCAAGGCAAUAGACACUGUUCGUGCAUUUCAUUUAUCAAUGGGAUAUAUGGUUGAAGUAGAUAUCAUCUUGGAAGAAAAUAUGACAUUGAUGGAAGCUCAUGACAUUGGUGAGUCUUUACAAACAAAAUUAGAAAAACAUCCCAAUGUUGAUCGUGCAUUUGUUCAUUUAGAUUAUAAUGAUGAUCAUGAUGUAUUAAAUGAACAUGAAAUUGAUAAUUAA